AUGCAUGUGGCCAAUGCAGAGGCAGUAUGGGAAAUUUUACCGGGGCCGGGCCCAGCGGUAGCAGCAAGGGCAGUGGGGAGGGUACGAAGUGAAACUCAAGUCAAAUUACCUCCCUAUAUGAUGACCAUGGUACAGGACGUCGAGGAAACGCUGUCAGCAGAGCAGGCAAGCCAACUGACCCACCUGUUAUGGAACUUCCAGGACAUCUUUGCCGCAAGUGAAUUUGACCUGGGAUCAUUCAAGGAGGUAUCUCACCGCAUCGACACGGGUAAUGCAAGACCUGUGAAGCAAAAAAUACGACGAACACCCGCAUGCUUCGCACAGGAGGAGAAAGGACACCUUCAGCGCAUGCUCGAUGCGGGCAUCAUCCAACCGUCAGUAUCUGAGUGGGCAUCGGCACCAGUUCUGGUAAGGAAAAGGGAUGCGUCAGUUCGGUGGUGUGUAGACUAUCGAGGGUUGAACUCUCGCACCAUAAAGGACGUGUACCCACUCCCUCUAGUCGAUGAGUGCCUGGACACCUUGGCGGGAAACGAAUGGUUUAGCAAGCUAGAUGCCAACUCGGCAUAUUAUCAGAUCAACAUAGCAGAAGAAGAUCGGAAGAAGACGGCAUUCAUAACGAAAUAUGGACUGUUUGAAUUUAAGAAAAUGGCCUUUGGUCUUUGUAAUGCCCCGGCUACCUACGCCAGGGUUAUGAACUUGGUGUUGCGGGAGCUAAAUUGGGAAACUGUGCUAGCAUUCUUGGAUGACAUCCUGGUGCUGGGCGAUUCAUUCCAAAGCCACCUCUCCAACCUAGCACAGGUAUUUGCGAGAUUCAGAACCUAUGGUUUACGCCUGAAACCACAAAAAUGCGCCCUCUUUAAGAAACGGGUUGAGUUCUUAGGCAGGAUGGUCAGCAGGGCAGGACUAGAACUGGGAAAAGAGGCGAUAGACACAGUGGUGAAAUGGCAGAAGCCGGGAUCAUCCAAAGACGUGGAAAGAUUUCUGGGACUGGCCAACUACCAUCGGACCUUCAUAAAGGGAUUUGCAGAGUUAGCCGCACCCCUAUACGCACUGACCGGCGGAAACAGAUUCGAAUGGGGAGACAAGCAUCAGGAGGCUUUUGCAGCUAUCAAAAUGGCCUUAACUACAGCUCCGGUGCUGGGAUUACCUAAUGGACAUGACCCCUUCAUCCUGGACACCGACGCCUCCGACUGGGCGAUAGGAGCGGAGCUGUUACAGGUUCAAGAGAAGAAAGAAAAGGUAAUUGCUUAUGCCAGUUUCGCAUUGACCCCAGAACAGAGAAGGUAUUGCACCACGAGGAAAGAGCUAUUGGCAGUAGUCAGGUUUACCAGGCUGUUCCGGCACUAUCUCUUGGGGCGGCCUUUUACCAUACGCACUGACCAUGGCAGCCUGGUCUGGCUGGUUAGGUUUAAGAACCCCCAGGGCCAACUAGCACGUUGGCUGGAGGAGCUGAGCCAAUUUGAUCUAAAAAUCCAGCAUAGAGCAGGUAAAAAACACAACAAUGCAGACUCUUUAUCCAGGGAGGGAGGCACUCAACAGGCAUGUACCCACUUUCGCCAGGACGUGCCAGUGCAGGACCUGCCGUGUGGAGGAUGCUCAUACUGUCGCAGGGCACAUCAGAACUGGGCGACCUUCCAGAAGACGGUAGAUGACGUCGUCCCACUGGCUACGGGGUCGUUCAGAUGUGCAUGUAACGUUCAGAUCCGGGGGACGAUUAGACGCGUGAGCACUAUAGCCCCUAUUCAAGACUGGUGGUCGGAGGAUUCCAACUUGGCUGUCUUCCCAUGGGACCCUGGUGAAGAUGGCCGAAGAAAGCCUGCCGAGACGCUUUAUAAGGAAGAAGAUGCAGUGGCCCCAGAAGUAGUAGACAUUAGGAUCAUCACCAGAACAACGGCGGACAGGCUAGGGUUGCAUUUACUCGAGUUACAGGAGCGGACGGAGAGAGACCCGGACAUGAGAAUGGUAAGAGAAUGGGUGGGAGGCCGUCAGUCAACAGAAGGGGACCUGUUCGGGGCCAGCCCUGCAACAAAAUACUACUGGUUAAACAAAGAAGCACUUCUCAUGGAAAAUGGGCUUUGGUGGUGGCACAAAGUAGAUCAGGGGGGAGCCGCCCAGAAGCUUUUGUAUGUACCCAGCAGCCUGAGGCAGGAGGUACUGAAUCUGUGCCAUGAUAUACCUGAUAUGGGCCACCAGGGCCGGAAUCGCACAAUGGAGCGGGUCAAAGCAAGGUACUUCUGGUACGGGCUAUCAACGGAUGUCGCAAAUUACGUGGCAUCAUGCCACCACUGUAGUAUGAACAAAAAAGCAUCCAAGACCAGCAGGCAUGAGCUGCUUAAGUACCAGGCGGGUGCACCAAUGGAAAGGGUACACUUGGACAUUCUGGGACCAUUGCCUAAGACUCCGAAAGGCAACGAAUAUCUCCUGGUAAUGGUAGAUCAGUUCACUAAAUGGAUUGAGUGUGUGCCACUACCGUCCCAGACGGCAGAGAACACCGCCCGAGCAGCACUCGAUGGGUUCUUCACCAGGUUCGGGUAUCCGUUUGAAAUCUUCACCGAUCAGGGCAGGAAUUUUGAAAGUGACUUGUUUACGAAGCUCUGCGAAUUGAUGCACAUCCACAAGGCCCGUACUACCGCCUACAGGCCGUCGGCGAAUGGGCAGGUGGAAAGGUAUAACAGAACCAUCAUGGAUGCAUUGCGGUGUUAUGCCAGUUCCCAACAUGACAGCUGGGACACCUAUAUCCAACACAUAGCAGGGGCCAUCAGGUCUAGUGUGAACCGACAGACGGGGUUCACGCCCAACAAGUUAAUGCUCGGUUGGGAAACCAACCAGCCAAUAGAUUUAAUGUACCCCCGUACAUGCCCGGGCUGGAUUGAGAAGUUUAAACAUCAUAUGUCACAGGUUCAGGACCCAUCGCACUUUCCUUACUACUGCAGUCUCCCCUUGGCCCGCUGCUGCUAA